UAACAAUGCGGCAGGGACUAUUUCCAGUGCUUUAGCUGUAACAUUUUUGGUGAAGAGAGGAAACUAAAGCUCCUCCCUGAAGAAUAUCUGCUGAGCAGCCCGUGAUACUAUUGGCAUCGGACAUCUCGCCUCAGCACUCCUUUGGGCAGAUACAAGGCAAGGCCUCAGGGCUGGCUGAGCAGCUGGCUGCCUACUUGGCGCCCCACUUCCAUGUCUCAGCUGAAGAAUGUGGAAGCCAGGAUCCUCCAGUGCCUCCAGAACAAGUUCCUGGCCCGAUAUGUGUCCCUCCCAAACCAGAACAAGAUCUGGACAGUCACCGUGAGCCCGGAGCUGAGGGAUCGCACCCCCCUGGUGAUGGUACAUGGCUUCGGGGGUGGCGUAGGCCUCUGGAUCCUCAACAUGGAUUCACUGAGUGCCCGCCGCACUCUGCACACCUUUGAUCUGCUUGGCUUUGGGCGAAGCUCGAGGCCAACGUUCCCCAGGGACCCCGAAGGGGCCGAGGACGAGUUUGUGACAUCCAUAGAGACGUGGCGGGAGACCAUGGGGAUCCCCAGUAUGAUCCUCCUGGGGCAUAGUUUGGGAGGAUUCCUGGCCACCUCUUACUCUAUCAAGUACCCUGAAAGAGUUAAACACCUCAUCCUGGUGGACCCAUGGGGCUUUCCUCUUCGACCGACUGACCCCAGUGAGAUCCGUGCACCCCCAACCUGGUUCAAGGCUGUGGUGUCUGUCCUAGGGCGUUCCAAUCCCCUGGCUGUUCUUCGAGUAGCUGGGCCUUGGGGGCCUGGCCUCGUUCAGCGAUUCCGGCCGGACUUCAAGCGCAAGUUUGCAGACUUCUUUGAGGAUGAUACUAUAUCUGAGUAUAUCUACCACUGCAAUGCUCAGAAUCCCAGCGGGGAGACGGCGUUCAAAGCCAUGAUGGAGUCCUUCGGCUGGGCGCGGCGCCCCAUGUUGGAGCGGAUUCACUUGAUUCGCAAAGAUGUGCCCAUCACCAUGAUCUACGGGGCCAACACCUGGAUAGAUACCAGCACGGGGAAGAAAGUAAAGAUGCAGCGGCCGGACUCCUACGUCCGAGACAUGGAGAUUGAGGGUGCUUCACACCACGUCUAUGCGGACCAGCCACACAUCUUCAAUUCCGUGGUGGAAGAGAUCUGUGACUCAGUUGACUGAGCUGCUGCCCCUGGAGGAAGAGGAGAAAGCCAGAGAGCCGCUCUCGCCUCCCUGUCCGCUUACUCGUCCCUGUGUCCUUUCCUCACCAACUAACAUGUGCCAGCCAGGCAGUCUUGGGCUGUCCCCAGGGCAGGACCACAGUGAAAAAGAGCACUCCCGAACCCACACGAAGGGUUGGAGGCUGAAGCCGCACGAGGCCUUGAGCACCCCACCCCGGGGAAGAACAUAAAGGGUUGCAUAGUGCCACCCAUUCUCUCCAUGCCAAGUGUUACCCAGAUGGUGGUUGUGACAGGAUCGCACUGAGCCACAUUCCCUCCCCGUGCCAAAGGUGGGGGUGGGGGGGCGGCCUCUUCCCCUGGGUAAGGGAGAGGCUCCUGGCAGCCUUUCCCAGCUCUGGAGUGUUUGUGGGGAUAGGUUCCAAGCAAAAGCAUCCUCCUCCAUCACCCCCAGCCUCCAUUCCAUGCCAGUUUUGUCCAGAGUCUGGUUGGGAGCUAACUACCAACUAACUACUAACUUCUUAACUACCAAGAGCAGGUCUCAGAGUGCCCUUGACCUGUGAGGUCCCUCCCACGACCUAAGAAGUCCUGUCCAAAGCGCUCAUUAACAGAUGAGGAACAGGCCAGGGCAGGACAUGGCUGGCCCAUGGUGAUACAGCUCUGCUCCGGGAGAGCUAAGUCUCGAACCCAGGUCUGCUGACACCCAGUACUCACUGCAGACUCCAUUUUGCUAAAGUUCAAGGCAGACACCAUUGCCAUGAGGCUGGUCCUAGUCACUGGCCGAGGGUAAGCCCAUCCCUGUCCCACUUUCUAGCCCCAUUGUGCAGGCGUGCUGUUGUCCGGCCGUGUGUCUCGGCGUGGCUGCCUAAGGGGGGACACUCAAGUGCUUCCUUCCCUGCCCCCUCAUCCUCCCAACUGGGAGGCCUCUUGGCCUCCCUCUGUGCCUUGGGCCCUAAAGCCCCACCUGUAGGAUAGAGCAAAGAUGGCCCCUGGUGGAGAGAUAAGGGAAAGGCCCUUCAACCCCAGGGCUGUGUCUGGAUUCCUUGUUCCCACUAGUAUCCACGGAGUUUUUCUACCCUGCCCAUGGUCUGAUGGAGAGCCUCAAGCCAGCAGUUCCCUGUCCUCAUCAGCCACAGGAUGGUUCUCACUGCCUGGCCCUCUAUCCCUGCCAUCUGUCCCAGGGUCUUCAGCUCCUCCCACCCCCGACCUACCUGUCACUGUCUCCCAGGGGCUGGUUCCAGGUGCUGCUCUGAGGUUCUGGGCCGUGGGCUGGGCCUGGCCCCAGAACCAGGGCAGCUUCUGUCUGCCCCUUGAGUUUUGUAAAGCCGACCCUUCCACCAGAAUAGUAUUAACUCCUGGUGCUUUGUACUACUGGUCCAGCUGCCUUGGGCUCCUUUUCUAUAUUAAUAAAGAAAUGAGUAAAAACUG